AUGAAUCAAAUAGAUAUGGUGGAUAGUCAAGUGCUUUUUAAAUAGGGAAUUGACUUUUAAAAGUAAAACAUGUUAGAUGAGGCUGUAGAAUGCUUUAAAAAAGUUUUAGAAAUUGACGCUAAUAAUACGGAAGCAUUAUACAAUCUAGCACUGACUUAUUAGUCAAAAAAAUUAAUAGAUGAGUCUCUUGUAUAUCUUAAUAAAGUAUUAGAUUUAAACCCAAGCCACGUGAAUGCAUAUAUAAGUAAGGCAGGUAUUUAUUUAGAAUAAAAAAUCCUAGACUUCGCUAUUAGUUGCCUUAAAAAGGUGCUCGAAAUUGAUCCUUAUAACGCGAAUGCUCAUGAAAGAUUAGGAUUCACCUAUAAAGCAUAAAAUCUUAUAGAUUAAGCUAUAAAAUGCUAUAAAAAAGCUAUUGAGAUAGAUCCAAAUUGUACAGAGGCCUAUCAUAACUUAGGUAUUGUUUAUGAAGGUAAAGGCCUGAUUCAAUAAGCUUAUUAAUGUUACUUGAAAGCCCAAAGUAUAGAUCCUAAAUACACUAAAUCUUAUAUUAGUUUAGCUCGUAACUAUUAUUUAGAUUUCUAAAUUUAAGAUGCGAUUAAAAGCCUCAAAAAAGCUAUAGAAAUAGAACCGAAUUCUGUUGAAGCUUAUGAAAGACUUGGCUUUGUUUAUUAGAACGAAAAAAAUAAUUCAGAGGCUAUAAAAUAUUACAAAAAAGCAAUUGAAAUAGACCCAAACUAUUAUAAUGCUCAAUUUAACUUAGCGCUAAUUUAUUAAAAUUAGAAUAACUUUGAUGAUUCUUUUUAAUGCUAUAGAAGAGCAAUAGAGAUUGAUCCAAAAUAAGUAGAUGCUUACAACAACAUAGGACUUAUAUACUAUUAUAAAGGUAUGAUAAAAGAAGCGCUUGAAUCCUACAAGAAAGCACUUGAAAUAGAUCCCAAGUAUUACAAAGCAUAUCACAAUUCAGCUCUUGCUUAUGAGAAAGAAAAAUUGAUAGAUGAAGCCAUUUAAUGCUAUAAAAAAACAAUUGAAAUCAACCCUAGUUUUCUUAAAUCCUUGACAAGACUAGGAGAUAUUUGUAUUGAUAAUAAUCUGCUAGAUGAAGGAAUAGAGUGUUUCAAAAAAAUCAUUCAAUUAGAUCCUUAAAGUUAUUUUGAUCAUUAUAGCUUAGCAGAUUUGUAUUAUAAAAAAAAUAUGUUAGUAGAAGCAAUCAAUCACUAUAAAAUUACACUUGAAAUAAACCCAUAAUAAUUGAGCGCUCAUUUAUAUUUAGGUAUUUCUUACAAAAAAUAAGGAAAUUUAGAAGAGGCUUUGCAAUGUUAUAAAAAAGCAAUCUAAUUAAAUCCAAAUAGUUAAGAAGCACAUUUUAAUAGCGGUAUUGCUUAUUCACAUUUAGGAAAUGUUAAAGAAGCGCUAGAAUGUUAUAAAAAGGCUUUAGAAAUUAACCCAAAAUUUGUGAGUGCAUUAAUUAAUUUAGGAGCUCUUUAUACAAAUCAGAAGAUUUAUGAGGAUGCUAUUAAAUGCUAUUAAACUUUGCUCACUAUAGAAGAAAAUAAUUUAGAUGGCCUAAAUAAUUUAGGGUAUAUUUAUUCUUAGAAAAAUAUGUUUGACGAGGCUAUCAAUUACUUUAAAAAAGUAAUAGAAAUAGAUCCAACAUAUUAUUUAUCUUAUUAUAAUAUCGGAGUAGCUUAUGAAUCAAAGCAAAUGCUUGAUGAAGCUUUAGAAUAUUAUAAUAAAGUAGAAGAAAUGAGUCCAAAAUACUUUAUUGUCUUUGUUAGAUAAGGAAAUGUUUACUCUUAAAAGAAUAUGUAAAAUGAGGCAUUUUAAUGCUACAAUAAAGUCAGUGAAUAAAUUUUAAAGAACAUUUAUUCUUUAAGCGAGGAAUUAGAAAUUAGUAGAGCAAGCUUUGUUUAGGAAUCUAUCAAAAACUAUGAAGAUGCUGUUAAGCUGAAUCCAAAAUAUAUUUAGUUUUAUCAUAGCUUAGGAUUACUUCACUCAAAUAUAAAUUAAAUGGAAGAAGCUAUGCGUUACUUUUAGGCAGCGAUAGAAUUAGAUCCUAAGUACAUAAAUUCUUAUCUUGAAUUAGGCAAUAUCUAUUCUGGUAAAGCAAUAUAUGAUAAGGCACAGCAAUGCUUAGAAAAAGCACUAGAAAUAGAUUAAAAUAGUGCCUCAGCGUUAAAUAAUUUUGGAUUAUUCUAUUUUACUUAGAAGAUGGAUGAUAAAGCUCUUGAGAGCUUCAAAAAAGCUUUGGAAAUAAAUCCAAAUUAUGAACUAGCAAUUUACAAUUCUGGACUCGUCUAUGAAUCAAAAAAUUUAAUUGAUAAAGCUCUAGAAUGCUAUAAAAACGUACUAUUAAUAAAUCCUACAGAUAAAAAAGCACUUUCUAAAAUUGAUUAAUUAAAUUAAAAAGAUGGAAAAAAUAAUGUAAAUUUGGAAGAAAUACUUUAAGACGCAAACAAGAAUCUUAAAAGUGCUAAAGAUUUCUACCAAUAAGGGUUUGUUUACUAUAUUUAAAGGAAAGAUGCAAAAUCUAUAGAAUGUCUAAAAAAGGCUAUUGAAUUAGACCCGAAAUAUUUUGAUGCGUACGACAAAUUAGGUCUUCUCUACAAAGAAAAAAAAAUGAUUUCAUAAGCCAUUGAAAGCUAUAAAAAAGCUUUUGAAAUAAAUCCAAAAUAUUACAGCGCUAUUGGAAUCAUUAUGGGACUAUAUAAAGAAAAGAAAAUGAUGGAUGAAGCAAAAUAAUUUCACAAAAAAGUAAUCGAAGAUAAUCAAAAUAGUACACAAGCACUUGCGUAAAUAGGAGAGGCUUAUCAGGAAAACAAAAUGUUUGAUGAAGCAAUUGAUUGCUACUAAAAAAUAACUGAAUUAGAGCCUUUUAAUGUUGAUGUUUAUAUUGAAAUAGGAAAUAUAUAUCUAGAUAAAUAAAUGAAUGAUUAGGCUCUUGAGUGUUUCGAAAACGUACUUCAAAUAAAUCCUUAAGAAAUUAUCGCUCAUAAUAAUAUAGGAUUAGUGUAUUAUGAAAAGAAAAUGUUUGAUAAAGCUCUUGAACAUUAUAACAAUGCGCUUUUAAUAAACCCUGACUUUUAAUAAUCAAUUUACAAUUCUGGUCUUGCGUAUGAAUCAAAAAAUUAAAUUGACAAAGCACUAGAAUGUUAUAAUAGAGUUCUAUAAUUGAAUCCAGAUGAGGAGAGAUCACUCACUAGAAUAAAGAAAAUUAGCUUACAAAAUAAAAUUUUAGAGAAAAAAAUUGAUAAAGCUCCAAGCACUGCUAAAGAAUUUUAUCAAUAAGGAUAUCUUUACUUUUAAUAGCUUAAGGAUGAAUAAUCUAUUUAAUGUCUUAAAAAAGCUAUUGAGCUGGAUCCAAAUUACUUUGAAGCUUAUGAUAAGUUAGGACUUGUCUACAAAGAAAGAAAGAUGUUUAAUGAAGCAGUUUUGAAUUAUAAAAAAGCUAUUGAAAUAAAUCCAAAUUGUCUGAAUGCUAUCAAGGAGGUCAUGAAUAUUUACUUGGACAGAAAAAUGCUCAAUGAGGCUAAAGAAUUCUACGAUUAAGUUCCUAAAAACUUAGAUACAUACUAUGAAUUGGCAGUAGUUUACUAAACUCAAAAGAUGCUUGAUGAAUCAAUAGCAAUUUAUAAAAGAAUUAUUGAGCUUAAUUCAAAAUAUAUUAAAGCGUAUAUUUAAUUGGGUAAUGCUUACUUAGAUAAACCUCAGUAUGACUUAGCACUUGAGAGCUACUAAAAGAUAAUAGAAAUAGAUCCUAAGAAAGCUGUUGCAUAUAACAAUAUUGGACUUGUGUACUUUAGAUAAGGUAUGAAUGAUGAAGCUCUAGAGUAUUUUACUAAAGCAAUAGAGGUAGAAUCAAAAUAUGAUUUAUCUAUGUACAAUUCUGGCCUUGUAUAUGAAAAAAUGAAUUAGAAGGAUAAAGCUCUUGAAUGGUAUAAAAAGGCUUUUGCUGCUAACCCAAACAACAAAAAAUCCUUGUCUAGAAUCGAAUUUUUAAGCAAAAAGAAAGAAGAUCCAACUAUUGAUUUAGAGAACUAAGAAAGUAAUCUUCAAACAGCAAAAGAUUAUUAUGAGCAAAGUAUUAAAUAUUACAAUUAAAUCAAAGAUUUAGAUUCAAUAAGGUGCUUAAAGAAAGCAAUAGAGUUAGAUCCAAAUUAUUUUGAAGCCUAUGACAGAUUAGGUCUUGUACAUGAAGAAAAUAAUAGAUUUGAAGAAGCGAUUGAAAACUAUAAAAAGGCUAUUGAAAUAAAUCCAUAAUCAUUUGAUUCUAUUAACAGCUUAAUGAAUAUCUACUUAGAUAAAAAGAUGAUCAAUGAAGCUAAAGAUUUUUACAAUCAAGUCCCUAAAUGUGCUGAAACUUAUUAUGAGUUUGGACUAGUAUAUCAAGAUUAAAAAAUGCUUGAUGAAGCUGUUGAAAGUUAUCUGAAAGCCAUAGAAUUAAAUCCAAAAUAUAUUAACGCUUUCAUUUAAUUAGGUAACGCUUACUUAGAUAAACUUUUGUUUGAUAAAGCUAUCGAGUCCUAUAAAAAAAUAAUUGAAAUUGAUCCUUCAAAAGCUAUAGCUUAUAACAAUAUAGGGCUUGUGUAUUUCGAAUAGGAAAUGAAUGAUUUAGCUCUUGAAUAAUUCUAAAAGGCUAUUGAGAUAAACCCAAAAUAUGAGCUAUCUCUUUAUAACUCUGGUCUUGUCUAUGAAAGGAAAGACUAAAAUGAUAAAGCACUUGAAUGCUACAGGAAAGUUCUUGAAAUAAAUCCUAAUGAAUAGAAAUCGCUUAGUAGAAUACAAAUUAUAAAGUAAAAGCAAAAUAAAACGUUAAAUGAAAAAUUUGACUUACUGAAAGUUUUAUAAAAGAAAUUAGGCAAAGAGUUUACAUCAAAAGCUGAAGAAUAUUUCAAAUAAGGAUUUCUAUAUUUUAUGGAGCAAAAAUAUGACAUGUCAAUAGAGUGUCUAAAAAAAGCUAUUGAAAUUAAUCCUAACUACUGCGAUGCCUAUGAAAGAUUAGGAUUUAUUUAUGAGCAAAAAAAGAUGUUUGAAGAGGCUGUAAUUUAUUACAAAAAGGCACUAUAAAUAAAUCCUAAAUUACUCAAAGUUAUUAAAAUAGUGAUGGACAUUUAUUUAAAUAAAAAAAUGGUCAACGAAGCCAAAGAUUUCUAUGAUUCAAUAGCAAAGAACUCAGAUACAUACUAUGAAUUAGCAUAGAUAUAUCAAAAUUAAAACAUGCUAGACGAAUCUAUAAAUAAUUACUAGAAAGUACUUGAAUUAAACAAUAAAGAUAUUGAUGCCUAUGUUUCACUUGGUAGUGUUUAUUUAAACAAGCUAUACUAUGAAAAGGCUCUUGAAUGCUACUAAAAAAUAUUAGAAAUAAACUCAAAAGAACCCGUUGCAUAUAAUAAUAUAGGAAUUGUGCAUUUUAGAUAAAAAAAUGAUGAUUUAGCUCUUGAAUAUUUCAAUAAAGCUCUGGAAUAAAAUCCAAAAUAUGAGCUAUCUCUAUAUAAUUCAGGGCUUGUUUAUGAAAGAAAAAAUUUAAAAGAAAAAGCUCUUGAGUGUUACAAUAAAGUUCUUGCCUUAAACCCCACUGAAAAAAAAGCUUUAUCAAGAAUCAACGCCCUAAGUAAUGAUACUGAUAAAAUGGAAGUAGAAGAACAGCAAUAAAAUGUGUAAAAACAAGACACAGAAUUUCAAACUGCUAAGGAUUACUUAGAUUAAGGGUUUAAAUAUUACAAUAAAUUGUUAGAUGAUAAAGCAAUCGAAUGCUACAAAAAAGCAUUAGAAAUUGAUCCAAGUUAUUUUGAAGCUUAUGAAAAAAUAGGACUUCUAUAAAAAGCAAAUAAAAAAUUUGAAGAAGCAAUAGAAAGUUACAAAAAAGCUAUCGAAAUUAAUCCUAAAUGCUAUAGCGCUAUAAAAUCUGUGAUGAAUAUUUAUUUAGACAAAAAAAUGAUCAGUGAAGCAAAAAGUUUUUAUGACUCUAUUCAAAAAUGUGCCACAACUUAUUAUGAAAUGGGAAUAAUUUAUUAAAGAUAGAAUAUGAUUGACGAGGCAAUUUCUAAUUAUUAGAAGGCGAUUGAAUAAGAUCCUAAAUACAAAAGUGCUUACAUUUAGCUUGGUAAUUCUUAUUUAGACAAAGUUUAGUAUGAUCAAGCUAUAGAAUGCUAUAAGAAAGCAUUAGAAAUAGAUCCUAAUGAUGUGAUAGCUUAUAACAAUAUAGGUCUAAUUUAUUACAAUUAAGAAAAGAUUGAUUUAGCACUUGAAUAUUAUAACAAAGCUAUUGAAAUUAAUCCUAAAUAUGAAUUGCCUAUCUAUAACUCUGGAUUAAUUUAUGAAAAAAUGAAGUUAAAAGAAAAAGCUCUUGAAUGCUACAAUAAAGUGCUGGAAAUAAACCCUACUGAAUAAAAGUCAUUGAAGAGAAAGAAAAUAUUAGAAGAUAAAACUUAAAAAGAUGAAUUUAAUUUAUUAAACGAAUUAAAUAAGAAUAUAAUUUAGAAUUCAAAUUCUAAAGCUGAAGAAUUCUUUUAAAAAGGAUUUUUACAUUACAUUUAAGGGAAAGAUGAUGAAUCAAUACAAUGUCUUUAAUAAGCUAUAGAAAUAGACCCAAACUUCUACGAAGCUUAUGGAAAAUUAGGAUUUAUUUAUUAAUCAAAAAAAAUGUUUGAUGAGGCUAUUGAAAAUUAUAAAAAAGCGAUAUAACUAAGCCCUAAAAGCUUAGAAUCUAUUCGUAAUAUUGUCGAAAUAUAUCACAAUAGAAACAUGUUGAAUGAAGUCAAAGAAUUUUUCAAUUCGAUACCUAAGAACACAGAAACCUAUUACAAUAUAGGAAAUGUCUUUGCUGAUAAAUACAUGAUUGACGAAGCAAUAGAUUAUUAUUAAAAAACAAUCUAAUUAAAUCCAUAACAUAUAAAUGCUUACAUUGAAUUAGGUAAUACUUAUUUGAAUAAAAUACAGUAUGAAAAAGCUUUAGAAUGCUAUAAUAAAAUAGUAGAAAUUAAUCCAAAGUAAGCAGUAGCAUAUAAUAAUAUUGGAUUAGUGCAUUUUAAAUAGAAUAAGUAUGAUGAAGCAAUUCAAUUUUAUAAUAAAGCUCUAGAAGUAGAUCCAAAUUAUGAUCUAUCUUACUACAACUCUGGCUUAGUCUAUGAAACUAAGAAAAUGAAUGAUAAAGCUCUUGAAUGCUACAACAAAGUUCUUAAAAUAAACCCAAAUGAUAAGAAAACAUUAACUAGAAUUUAAAAGAUAAAUGAAAACAAAGAUAAAAAUCUAGAAGAAAUUGAAAUUGAUUUAAAAGCUGAUAAAAUUCCGUAAUCUGCUAAAGAUUACUUUAUCCAGGGAUCUACUUAUUUCAUUAAAAAAAUUAAAGACCUAUCAAUAGAUUGUUUGAAAAAAGCUAUUGAAAUAGAACCAAAUUAUUCUGAAGCUUAUGACAAGUUAGGUCUUGUUUAUCAAUAUUAUUAAAUGUAUGAAGAUGCUAUUUAAAAUUUCUAAAAAGCUUUUGAAACCAAUCCAAAAUGCUAUGAUGCUGUUCUCAGCUUGAUGGCAAUUUACUUAGAAAAGAAAACACUAUUCGAAGCAAAAGAGUUCCAUAAUUAAAUAAUUGAAAAGAAUCCUGAUGUUCCUGAAUUACAUCAUAAGAUAGGAGUAGCUUAUUAAGAAAAAAGUAUGUUUGAUGAAGCAAUAACUUGUUUUUCUAAAGCCAUAGAAUUAAAUCCUAAAUACGCUAAUGCAUAUAUUAAAUUAGGUAAUAUUUACUUAAAAUAAAUUAAGUACGAAAAGGCUCGCGAGUGUUACGAAAAAGCAAUAGAAAUAGACCCAAAAUAGGUAGUUGCUUACAAUAACAUCGGACUUGUUUAUUAUAAUCUAAAAAACGAUGACUUGGCACUCUCAUAUUACCAGAAAGCACUAUAAAUAAAUCCUAGGUACAUACUAUCUCUUUAUAAUUCAGGACUCGCAUAUGAAAUGAAAAACUAAAAUUAAAAAGCCUUAGAGUUUUAUAAUAAGGCUUUGGAAGUUGAUCCGAAUGAUGUUAAGACACUCACAAGAAUGACUUAGUUACUUUUAAAAACAGGAGGUAUAGAUGAACCUGAUGUAGAUAAUUUACUCUCAGAUUUUGGUAUCAACGUGUAAAAGAGUGCUAUUGAUUAUUACAAACAAGGCUAUUCUUACUAUACCAAAAAGAUGAAGGACUAAUCAAUUAAGUGUCUUAAUAAAGCAAUAGAAAUGGACCCAAAUUUCUUUGAAGCAUAUGACAAAUUAGCUCUCAUUUAUGAAGAAAAGAAGAUGUUAGACAAGGCAAUAGAAAAUUACAGAAAAGCAAUUGAGAAAAAUCCAAAUUUUAUUAAUGGUUAUAAUAAAUUAGGUAACAUAUACCUAGAAAAAAAAAUGUUUGAUGAUGCGAUUGUCUGCUAUUAAAAAUGCUUAGAAAUAGAUCCAAAUUACUAUUAUGGAUACUACAAUUAGGCAAUAGCAUACGAGGAGAAGCAACUUGAUAGCUAAGCUAUUUAUUGCUAUAAAAAGGCAAUAAAUAUUGAUCCUACUGGCAUCAAUGCAUAUAUUAAUUUGGGAAUGAUUUACCAAGACCAAGAAAAGGCAAGCAAAUCUCUUUCUUGCUUUAAAAAAACUCUUGAAAUUGAUGAAGAAGAUUUUGAAGGAAUUGAUUUCUUAAAACAAACUAAAUCUUAAAUUUGA